GCGGGGCUCAGUACCUUGUCAUCGCCAGCCAGGACCACUGUAGCACACUCAGUGUAGUGUCGCAGUAAUCUGGCUCCAUCUCCCCUCCUCCUUGCCAUCAUCAACAGAAUCCCUUGAAGAUCAAUCUGCCGGGACCUUCACUUCAGUCAUCUGUAACCACUAGAUAGAUCAUCUACACUUCAGACUUUUCGCUCCUAAUACUCACAAUUAAGCCUGCCCAAGACUUUUUCCCCAAACGCCACGUCUGCCUCAACGAUGCGUCUGUUACUUGUCAACGUGUGUGUCAUUUUGUUGACAUGUGCUGUCAUCAAGGCGGACAAUACGGCCGACAAAGAAACCUUGGCCAAACAUGACGCCGUGCUUAGCAGAGUUAAGUCUUCAUUCUUGAAGAACAAUAACAACAUCAGGCUACUGAUACAACUCGUCCAAGAGCAUUUUGACAACUCCCUCAAAUAUCUGUUUUCUAGCAAGCAGUAUGGAAGUCAGUAUGUAGAGCGUCCUGGUCUGGCCAAAUAUCUAUUAGAGGCAAGUGACAAGCAAUGGAAGAAUGCUUUUGAUGUCCUAAAGAAGUUCCUUCAGCGUGGUGGUACCUUUGAAGAUGGUAAUUUUAUCUUUAAUGUCACAGGAAAGGGUGAACUUUCUUUGUACGAAACUGCGGACAUCAGCGACAGAUAUGUGAGCACGUUGAGAAAUGUUCUGGACGAUUCUCUGAACUUAUCCAAGAAUUUGAACAAGCUUUACCUAAAAACAUUUAAAAAUCAAACAAACUUUGGAGAUCUGGAGAUAUCCCAUUAUUUGACCGACAAGCUUGAGGAAGAGGCAGAGCGUACACGUGAACUGGCCGGCCAUGUUGUUACCCUCCAGAAGAUGAACAGCCUUGGUGUGGCUCUCCACCUGUUUGAUUCCCACUUUUAAAUUUUGUAUUCCUAUUGCUCCGAUUCUUUAUUCCAGACUUGGAAGAACUAUGCUGCCAUGUAUAUUAUUUUUAUUUUUUUUGAGGUCAUUAUAGUUAUCAUUUCAUUCAAUCUUAUUUACAUGGAAAUUCAUGGCACAAAAGUUGCAUCUGUUUUAUCAAAGAAAUGUAUAAGCGGAAAGGAAUAAGAAAGAAGCAUAUGGAAUACAUGGGAUUGUAGAGGCUAGCAAUAUGUGGGUUGAUUAAGAAAAUUGUCCUGUAUUUCUUUUCCAGCCAGGUCUACAUUAUUUUGCUUUAACUAUUUACUGCAAUUAUAUUGUGACCUCGGUAAAUAAUUAACAAAGAAAUUAAUUGCAUUAUAUAUAUAACUACAUACUGAUAUAGUAGGAAGAUGACUGACAUCAGCCCGGAGAUCAAGGACACACCCCCUUCAUUCAUGUUAUAGUCUGUGCAUAUAUUCAUUACUUUGACCCUCUUUACUCCAUUGCAUUUCUUGAUAACGUGCUAAUACCGGUACUCGAAAGCACACUGAAUUAAUAUUUUUUGCUUAUACAGCAUACAUAAAUAUAGCCAGCAAAAUAUUUAACCUCUCAUUAUGAUACUACAUAUCUAUUGUUAGCAUAACUCACCACAGUACAUCUAGAAUUUGCAUAUUGUAUCAUUUAUUUGAGCAGGUGUUAAAACAUCUACAACUUGACCCUUUUGAGAUUUAUGACUAAAGUGUUUGUAUUUUAAUAUAUGCAUUUUUUCCAAAACUAUGAAAUGCACAAACCAUGGCUCCUGUAAUAUAUAUAUUAAUGUUGUACCAAUAUUAGGACCAUAAUUCAAACAAGUACUGCACAAUACUUUAAAAGAUAAAUGUUGUUGUUUCUGUAUCAUUUAGUAAUAGUACUAACAAAAUCA